AGUAUAUAUAAAUAUUUAUUUAUUUAUAUAUUUAUAUAUUUUUCUUAAAAAUUUAUAAUAUCAAAUCAAAAUUUUAUUAUAUAUAAAUUUAUUCAUAAUUAAUAUAAAAGUAAUAAAAUAAUAAUUUAUCUACAGUAUAUUUAUAUAAAAUAAUUUUUGUUUUUUUUAUUCAUUUAUUAAUUUAAAUAGUGUAUUAAAAUUAAUUAAAUUUAAUAUAUAAAUAAAUGUUAUGAAAAAUUCAUUCUAUAAUAAUAUCAAUUUAAUAACACACACAAAAUAUCGUAUACUCCCAUCCAUACAAAAAAUAGCUUUGUUUAUUAUUAUUAUUAUUUUUAGUUUUUCAUUCACUCUAUAAUAUUAUAUCUUAAGAAAAAGAGACUAAUUUUUUUUAUACAAACAAUUUUAAAAAUACUUUAAUCUUUUAUUAUAUCCAGUUUUUAGACCAUUAUUAAUUAUUUUUUCAAAUACAGCUAAAAUAAUAAAUAUAAUACAAUUUUUACAUUGACAAAUAUAGCAGUAGAAGAAAAGUAAUAACAAAAACAAUAAUAAUAAAAAUAAUAAUAAUAAUAAUAGUAAAUUAAAAAUAAUACAAAUAUAUUAAAAUAUUUAUUUUUUAUUUUUUUUUUUAUAAAAAAAUAAAAUAAAAAAUCAAUAGUUACAAUAACAGUAUUACAAAUUACAAUUUAAUAAUUAUAUAAUAAUUUUUAAAUUUUUCUAAUUUUUUGUGUGUGGUAUUAGGAAAUAAAAAUUAUUAUGAAAUAUAAAAUUUAAUAAAAACACAAUAUAAUAAUAAUAGUUAUAAUAAUAAGUAAAUAGUUUUUUUUAAUAAAACUCACACAAACACAUAAAUAUAGGAAGAAAAUGAAAGGUGGAGGUUAUUACCAACACCAACCUUAUUUAGUGCCAAAUGUAUUCUACAGUUCUUCAAGUCCAGUAAUAGCACCAAUACCUAUUGGGUAUAAUAAUAAUAAUAACAAUAAUAAUAAUAAUAAUAAUAUGAAUAAAAAUGAUGAUAAUAACGGAUUUAAUCAACAAUACCAGCCACAGCAACAACAGCAACAGAAUUUUGGGGGUUUAUCACCAAAUAUAAAUCAUUUAAUACUGCAAAAUAAUAAUAAUCAAAAUAAUAAUCAAAAUAAUAAUAAUAAUAAUAAUAAUAAUCAAAAUCAAAAUAAUAUACAACAAAAAAAUAUAAAUUUUUUAAGAGGUCAUCAUCAAAGAAAUAGUUCUUUCGAAGAGUUUAGCUUAUCAAAUGUAGAUAUGAGUGUUGGGUCUUAUAAAGAGUUAUCAUGGGAAGAAAUUUAUUUUUGUUAUCAUUUUUUUACACAAUUGGACGAGGGAAGAGGAUAUUUGAAUUCAUUUCAACAACUUGUAAAAUAUAUAUCAAAUUUGUAUCCAGAUUUACCUCAACCACCAACAUCUCAGUAUUUAUUUUCAUUAGGUUUAUUGUACCCCAACUCACUUCCAUCCCAUUCACCAUUGGGAUUGAAUAUUAAGCAAUUGGUCGAAACAUAUUCUUACAGUAAAUCUAUAAUCUAUGGUAACAGUAACAGUGGUGGACAUAGAAAUACAACACCCCCAAUACUCCGUCAAAUUAAUUUAGUUGGACAUAAUGUAAAUACAAGAAAAUUCUCUCCUCAACAAGCUGUUCAUAUAAUAGAGGUAUUCAAUUCGAUUAAAGAUAAAACUGGUGGUGUUCCAACUUUAAAACUUUCUGUUUUUGGUGCCAAUGCAAAUUUAUUACCACUUUCAACUCUUCCUUUUCAUGAAUUUGUGCAAUUUAUUGGUUUAAAUAUAAUACCCUUUGAAAGCUUAAUUAAACAACAUCAACAAUUAAAUCAAUCAUCUCCUCCUAUCGAAGUUCAACACCAAUUUUUAUCUGAUUUUGAUGAAAUAUCAGACAACCAUCAACAAGCACAAUAUCCAUUUAUUUAUUUCGAAGAUACAAGUAAUAAUAAUAGUCCUUUAGAUAAUUUUAAUAAUUUUAAUAUAAUACAACAGCAACAACAGCAACAACAACAUAGUCCAUUAAGUAAUAGUACAUUAAUAAAUAAUAUACAGCAGUAUCAAAAUAAUCAAAACCAAAAUCAAAAUCAAAAUCAAAACCAAAAUCAAAACCAAAACCAAAAUCAAAAUCAAAACCAAAACCAAAAUAAUAAUAAUAACAACAAUAAUAAUCCAAACAAUAUAUUUAAUAAUUUUAAUAACUUUAAUAAUAAUAAUAAUAACAAUUUUAAUAAUGGUAAUAAUUAUAAUAAUCCCAAUAAUAAUAUUAUAAAUAAUCAUAGCCCAAAUAACAAUCAAAAUUUAAUAAAUAAUUUUAAUAAUCAAUUUAAUAAUAAUAAUAAUAAUUUAUUAAAAAAUAGUGGCGGUAUAAUACAACAAGAACAACCGCAACAAUAUUUUUCAGAUAUAGAGAUUUCAUUUGCUGAAUUAAAGAUUGCAAGUAAAUUAGGUGAGGGUACAUUUGGAGUUGUAUAUAAGGGUUUAUGGAGAGGUAGUUCAGUUGCAAUCAAACAAAUCAAAAUUAAUGAAGAUGUAAAUAAUCAAGUUUUAGAAGAGUUUAGAAAAGAGUUGACUAUUCUUAGUAAGCUUAGACAUCCAAAUAUAGUAUUAUUAAUGGCAGCAUGCACAACACCACCAAAUUUAUGUUUUGUAACCGAGUAUCUUCCAGGUGGCUCACUAUAUGAUGCUUUACAUUCGAAAAAGAUAAAGAUGAAUAUGCAACUCUACAAGAAAAUGGCACUUCAAAUAGCUCAAGGUAUGAAUUAUUUACAUUUAUCGGGUGUCAUUCACAGAGAUAUCAAAUCUUUAAAUUUACUUUUGGAUGAAAAUAUGAACAUAAAAAUCUGUGAUUUUGGUCUCUCGAAACUAAAGAGCAAAUCCACAGAAAUGACAAAAUCAAUUGGUUCACCAAUUUGGAUGAGCCCAGAAUUAUUAAUGGGCGAAGAUUAUACAGAAAAAGUUGAUGUUUAUGCUUUUGGUAUUAUCCUUUGGGAACUGGGAACUGGAGAACUUCCAUAUUCAGGUUUAGAUAGCGUUCAAUUAGCUUUGGCUGUUACUACAAAGAGUUUACGUCCACCCAUCCCCAAUGCUUGGCCAUAUCAAUUAUCUCAUUUAAUUCAAUCUUGUUGGCAUCAGGACCCACACAAAAGACCUUCAUUUAGCGAAAUUUUAAAUAUGUUAGAAAAAAUUCCUUAAACAAAUUUAAAUAAUAAUAUAUAAUUUUAUUUAUUUUUUUACCAUACCAACUUUUUAUUAAAAUUAAAAAUUAUAAAUUAUAAUCAAUAAUAAAUAAAUAAAAAAACAAUAAAAGUAAAAUAAAAAAUAACCACCAAAACAAAUAAUGUAAUAGUUUUUAUAAUUAUAAAAAAAAUAUUUUUAAUUUAAUAUUUUUAAAACAAAUAAAAAACCAUUUGAUUUCACAUAGAAAAAAAUUAUUAUGAUAUUUAUUUUUUUUAUAAACAAAUAUUUAAAAAAUAAAAAAUGAAAUAAAAUAAAAUUAAUUUAAUUUAAAGCUAGUUUCUAUUUACAC